UCCCUGCUCAAUCUCCAACACAAACACACAACUCAUCAUCAUCUUCUCAUCCAAUCGACACUAGAAUUAUUCAAACACACAAACACAAGCUUCAUCCCAUAUAUAUAAUAUAAUACAACCUCAUUAGUAGUAGUCGUCUUCAGAGUCUUCUCACACACAAGCUACAAAGAUCAUCAAGCUCAUCAUCAUAACAUGGCAAUGGUGGUGCUCCUCCUCUUGUCCCUGCUCCCUCUGAGCACCCUCGGCUCUCGCUCCGGCCCGACGCCGGCCGUGCCGCACCACGGCCACGCCGGCCAUGGCACCCCCAAGCACUCCUCGCCGCCUCCCCAACCAACCACGGCGGAGCUAGUACGCAGCACCUGCAACUCCACAGCCUACUACGACCUGUGCGUGUCCGCGCUGGGCGCCGACCCGUCCAGCGCCACGGCCGACGUCCGCGGGCUCUCCACCAUCGCCGUGUCCGCGGCGGCCGCCAACGCCUCGGGCGGCGCCGCCACGGCCACGGCGCUCGCCAACGGCAACGGCACCGCCACGUCGUCCAACGCGCAGGCGGCGGCCCCGGCGGCCACCGCCGCCACGGCGCUGCUUCGCACGUGUGCCGCCAAGUACGGGCAGGCCCGGGACGCGCUGGCCGCCGCCGGUGACUCCAUCGCGCAGCAGGACUACGACUUCGCGUCCGUGCACGUGAGCGCCGCCGCCGAGUACCCGCAGGUGUGCAAGGCGCUGUUCCGGCGGCAGAAGCCCGCCGGCGGGCAGUACCCGACGGAGCUGGCGGCGAGGGAGGAGGCGCUCAGGCAGCUCUGCUCCGUCGCGCUCGACAUCAUCGCGCUCGCUUCCAACACCAGCAGCUAGCUUGUCUCGAUCAUGGCCGGUCUCGAGAGAUCUCCAUUACUGGCUCUCCCAUAUAUGCAUGCAUCCAUCUUUGGACGAAGUGUGAUCUGCUGAUCGAUGGAUCGGAUCUUGACGCCGAUCGACGUACGCCGUCGAUCGUAUGCGUGUAGUCUCUACUCUCUAGUGAUAUAUGACUAUAUAUAUAUGAGUCUACGUGUAAUGACACGAGUACACGUCUUCGUCGUACGUGUUUAGUUUUGGCACAUCAUAUAUAUAUAUAUAUAUAUAUGAUGUUAUUACUGCACUGUUAGCUUGUUAAACUGUAUGUAACCAGCGUACUCUAGUGCUGAGAUGAGUUGGUCAUUACUACUGAUGCCUCGUUGUGUUUUUUUUUU